AUGAAGUUUGCUUUCAGACGUAAAUUUGAGGCACUAUGUCGUAUGUUCAACGAGUAUACAAGGCUGAUCCCCCUGACCUUCCUGCUCGGCUUCUACGUCUCAAACGUUGUCUCAAGGUGGUGGCGUCAAUUCGAAAGUCUGGCAUGGCCUGAAGACUUGUUAACCAUGGUCAGUAUGAUAGUCCGUGAAAAUGAUGAGAAAAGUCAAAAAAGGCGCUUUGCAAUAGCCAGAUACAUUAAUCUGUCCUCAGCCCUUGUGUGGCGCGACAUUUCAAAAAAGAUUCGUCUUCGUUUCCCAACAGUUCUGAGCCUUGUCGAAGCCGGUCUUCUCACUGAAAAAGAGUACGAAGUUUUGCAAGAAAUUGAGGAGGACUGCGAAACUGUACGAUGGAUGGCACCACUUCAUUGGAUACAGCAUUUAAUCGUCAAAGAAGAAAAGGAAAACAAUCCGCCGGCGGCUUUCAUUAACAAUUUCAUGACUGAGCUGAGGACUUACCGGCAAUCAUUGCGAAAGCUUUUUUGCUACGAUUGGGUUUGCGUCCCACUCGUUUAUACUCAGGUGACUGCGUUGGCGACCUAUUCAUUCUUCUUCUUCACACUGUUUGGUCGUCAAGUGCUACAUUCUGAGGUUGAGGCAGGACGGCAGAUCGACUCUAUCAUACCGCUGUUUGCAGUCAUCCAGUUCAUGUUCCUCGUGGGAUGGUUCAAGGUGGGACAGGACCUUAUGCGUCCAUUUGGCUUGGACGAUGACGACAUUGAAUUGAACUACAUUCUUGACAGAAAUUUCAAAACUUCGUUCGCUGUAGUCAAUCGACUACACACCUCUGACUGUAAGUUUCAGGAAUCAGAGCUAAAAAAAAUCGCUAAGGGUUUCCCGUGA